GAGGCAGAAGAGGAGCCGACAUCGAAUAUACGUUUUUGCUGCUUACUGCCGCGACAGGAGGAAUAGGCGGGCGGCGAUGCGUGCGCGCCGUGACCCGUCCGGGGCUGCAGAUCCAGCGGUGUCGCCUGUAUGGGCGCAGAGCCGGGCUGGCUGAACCCAUCGCCGCAGCAUCUUCAAGUGGGCAGGCCUCCUCCUCGACCCCUGGACCGCGGUGUCGGGUUAUGGACCAGCCGAACUCGGGGAGGUGUCGAGCGGGGCUCUGCGGGCCUCGGAGGGCCGCCGCCGCAGCCGAGCCGGAGCGACUCAAAAUGUAACAAGGCUCCAAGGCUCCUGCUGGGACCAUCUCUGUCUACUGAGGAAAAACAUAUUUUUUAAAAACGUUUUUUUAAAAAACAGAAAUUUAAAUAUAUAUCAAUCUAAAAGCUCUUCAGCAAUUCAUAAACUGUCCAGAUUGGGUGGAAGGGUCAUGACCCAGUUGCCAUGCGCGUUGCCACGGUGACCGGCCUUUCUAGCCCCUCCCCUCUCCGCCUCCUAUUGGUCCUGCUGCUGUGGCUCCUUCCCCCGUCGCCGUGGAGAGGCGGGGGAGGGGGUGGGGGAGUGGGUGGGGCUUCUACCGCCUGCCCCGCCCUGUGCAGCUGCUCCAAUCAGGCCAGUCGAGUGAUCUGCACAAGGCGGAACCUGGAGGAAGUCCCAGAGAGCAUCUCCGUCAACACUAGAUACCUCAACCUGCAGGAGAACUCCAUACAGGUGAUCAAGUCCGACACCUUCAAGCACCUCCGUCACCUGGAGAUCCUGCAGCUCUCCAAGAACCACAUCCGCCAGAUCGAGGUGGGGGCCUUCAACGGCCUGCCCAACCUCAACACCCUGGAGCUCUUCGACAACCGGCUCACCCUGGUCCCCUCCCAGGCCUUCGAGUACCUCAGCAAGCUCCGGGAGCUCUGGCUCCGCAACAACCCCAUCGAGACCCUGCCGGGCUACGCCUUCCACAGGGUGCCGUCCCUGCGGCGCCUGGACCUGGGCGAGCUCAAGAAGCUGGACUACAUCUCCGAGGCCGCCUUCGAGGGGCUCAUCAACCUGCGCUACCUGAACCUGGGGAUGUGCGGGCUGAAGGACAUCCCCAACCUGACGCCCCUGAUCCGCCUGGAGGAGCUGGAGCUGUCCGGCAACCGGCUGGAGAUCAUCCGGCCCGGCUCGUUCCAGGGCCUGGUGUCGCUGCGCAAGCUGUGGCUCAUGCACGCGCAGGUGUCGGUCAUCGAGCGCAACGCCUUCGACGACCUCAAGAACCUGGAGGAGCUGAACCUGUCCCACAACUCCCUGCACUCCCUGCCCCACGACCUCUUCACCCCCCUGCACCGGCUGGAGCGCGUGCACCUCAACCACAACCCCUGGGUGUGCAACUGCGACGUGCUGUGGCUCAGCUGGUGGCUGAAGGAGACCGUGCCCAGCAACACCACCUGCUGCGCCCGCUGCCACGCCCCCCCCGUCCUGAAGGGGCGCUACAUCGGGGAGCUGGACCAGAGCCACUUCACCUGCUACGCCCCCGUGAUCGUGGAGCCGCCCACCGACCUGAACGUCACCGAGGGCAUGGCGGCGGAGCUGAAGUGCCGGACGGGCACCUCCAUGACCUCGGUCAACUGGCUGACGCCCAACGGCACCCUGAUGACCCACGGCUCCUACCGGGUGCGGAUCUCCGUGCUGCACGACGGCACCCUCAACUUCACCAACGUGACGGUGCAGGACACGGGCCAGUACACCUGCAUGGUGACCAACUCGGCCGGCAACACCACGGCCACCGCGGUCCUCAACGUCUCGGCGGCCGACUCCACCAACAACUACAGCUACUUCACCACGGUGACGGUGGAGACCGUGGAGAGCGGCGCGCAGGAGGAGAACUCGGCCCGGCAGGACAUCAACGAGACCUACGUGGGGCAGCCGGCCCCCACCUCCUGGGCGGGCAUGGCCCCCACCUUCGCCACCCCUUCCUCCUCCGUCUCCGCCUCCUCCUCCUCCUCCUCGUCCUCCACGCGCUCCCCGGAGCGGGCCUUCACCGUGCCCAUCACGGACGUGACGGAGAACCUGUCGGGGCUGGACGACGUCAUGAAGACCACCAAGAUCAUCAUCGGCUGCUUCGUGGCCAUCACCUUCAUGGCCGCCGUCAUGCUGGUGGUCUUCUACAAGCUGAGGAAGCAGCACCAGCUGCACAAGCACCACGGGCCGGCCCGCGCCAUCGAGAUCAUCAACGUGGAGGAC